CGCUUCAACACACGCACACACGCACACGCAGACACGAAAAUGGCGAAACACACAAACGAACUAACACUACCAGAGAAGAAGAAGGAAGAGGAGGAGGAGGAAGAAGAAGAGGAAGAGGAAGAGAAGGAGAGCCUGUGUGUUGACCGUUUGGCUGUGGUGGAGGCUGGUGGUGGUGGUGGUGGUGGUGACUUGACAACCACCAUCACUACUUCUGAAGAUUCCAAGUUUAUGAAAAAGGGUUGGGGAGCGAGACACACAAUGGUGGCCUUGACCUGUGCCGGGGUCAUCCUCCUCUCCAUGACCCGGUACAGCCUCUCCAUUGCUAUCGUCUCCAUGGUAACGCGCUCACACGCCCACACACCCACGCCCAUCCCCACCCAUGACCUGGAAGUGGCGGGAGAGGGUAUUAUUGGUGGUGGUGGUGGUGGUGGUGGCUGUCCUGCUCCAAAUGUGACAUCUUCAUAUCUGAGUGUCAAUGAUACGAACCAGCGUUAUGAGUGGGACGAGAAGACACAGGGGCUGAUUUUGGGGGCUUAUUUCUACGGGAACGUCAUUACAAACAUCGUGGGAGGGCGCAUGUCUGAGAGGAGUGGAAGCAAGCCGGUGAUAAUGGUGGGAAUGCUGGUCUCCUCCCUCUUGUCGCUCCUCUCGCCCCUCGCUGCUCGCCUCUCCACCAACUUCUUCAUCGCGGUCCGUCUCUGCCUCGGCUUUGCGCAGGGGUUGGUGAUGCCGGCAGUAAGCAGAAGCAUGGUGGUGUGGGUGCCGCCUUACAAGAGAAGCAAAUACAACACCAUCGUCUUCAUAGGUUCAGAGGUCGGUAUAGUCCUCUCUCUGUCAGUGGGCGGGUGGCUGUGUUCCCAGACCUUCCUAGGGGGCUGGCCGGCUGUCUUCUACGUGUUUGGCGGGGCUGGCGUGGUCUGGUGUGUGCUGUGGGUUUUGAUUUACGAGAGCCCUGACACACACCGCCGCAUUAGCUCAGAGGAGAAGAAGUAUUUGAUGGCGCACUGUGUUGUCAGGAAAGAGAAGGUUGGCGUACCGUGGGGUGCUGUGGUGCGGUGCCUCCCCUUCUGGGCCGUCACCGUCGGGCACAUCGGGCACAACUGGGGGUACUACACCUUUGUCACGGAGCUGCCUGUGUACCUGUCCAACAUGCAGCAUUAUAGUAUUAAGAGUAAUGGGUUACUGUCCGCUCUUCCUUACCUUAUCAAGACGGUGUUUGCGCUCCUCUUCAGUCUACUGAUGGACAGGGCGACAGCAAGGGGAAAGCUGUCUGUGCUGUCUGUCAGAAGGAUAGCUAUGAGUGUUGCCUCGUACCUCCCAGCAGUGGCCCUUGUUGGUAUGUGCUUAGUGGGGUGUGACAGCGUGGCGGCGGUGGUGGUGAUGUCAGCCGCUGUUGGUGUCUCGGGGUCUGCCUUCUGUGGCCUCUUCUGUUCCCACCAAGACAUCGCGCCGAAUUUUGCAGGGACUAUCUACGGGGUCACCAACACUCUGGCUAACUUCACUGGGUUUAUUGCGCCCGCUGUGGUUGGCUUUGUCACGUUCGAGAAUCAAACAGUGAAAGCUUGGAACACUGUUUUUCUCCUGUCUGCCCUCAUCUACGUGGUCACCUGCACCUUCUACAUCGCCUUCGUCACAGACCAAGUGCAGCCCUUCGACUCUCCAAGGAACAGCCUGGAGGAGGAGGUCGUGGAGGAGGAAGAGGAGGAGGAAGAGAGGGAGAGAAGAGGAGUGUAACAGUAUGCAUUAGUUACCCCUUCAAAUGUAGUGGUGGUGGUGGUGGCGGUGGUAAUAAUGGGUGUAAAUGGGUGUUUUUUAGGGAAUAUUAUGGUGAAAAUAGAGUUAGUGGUUAUUUUGGUACUUGUAAGGGAAGAUUUGGAGUGUUUAGUGGGUUACUUAAGGCUAAAAAAGACGAAAUAUUUUGAGGGUUAACUAAAGAAAACGAAAUAUUUUGAAGGUUAACUAUGGUAUAAAAAUGUAUAAAUUAGUGUUUUUUUUUAGCUUAUGGAAGGAAAAAAAAAAAAGGAAAUAUUUGACAUUUUAGCAUUUUUAAGGGAAGAGUGAGGUAUUUAAGGGAUUCAUUCAGGCUAAAAGAACAAAAUAGCUUAAGGGUUAACUAAAGAAAAGGAAAUAUUUAGAGUGAACUAAGAGAACGAAAUAUUUUGAGCGCUGAAUAUGGUAAAACAAGAAAAUACUUAGAAGGUCAACACUAAAGGUGGAGAAGGAGGCAGCAACAGACCUUUUGGCCCUCGUGAAGUUAUGGAGGAGGAAGAAUAAAAGAAUAAAGAUAAAUUGAAGGAUUAAUAGAUGAAGAGGAAGAAGAAAUAGAAUAACGAUGUAGAAUAAGAAGAUAGG